GGCGAAGCGACGUUGGCUGAUGUUUGCAAAAAAAGAGUUUGUGUUUUGAAUUUUAUACAUCAUCAUGUCUGAGUACAGCUUCGUAAAAGCGGGGAAAUUAAAAUUCAAAGGUAGUACUGAUGCAAGCAGUUCAUCAAAAAAGAAGAAACACAAGAAAAAGAGAAAACACGAGAAAGAGGUAAAGGAUGUAAGGGAAGAGGAGGCAGAAAAAUAUGGUGGAUGGUGGCAAACUUCAAAACCUGAAGAGAUUACUGGAACCAUUGCCAUUGAGAUAGGAAAUAACACUUAUAUAUAUGCAAUGGACAAUGGAAAGUUUACAUUAGGAGCUCCAAAUCAUGAUCCCUCUAUUGGUCCAUCCCCACCAGAGCAACUGAUAGCAAUAACUAUAUCAGACACCAAGAUUGCAUUGAAGUCGGGGUACGGUAAAUACAUUGCUGUCAAUGCAGAGAACGAAGUGAUAGGUCGCUCGGACGCUGUCGGCAGUAGAGAACAAUGGGAACCAGUCUUUCAAGAUGGUAAAACUGCACUUCAAGGCUAUAAUGGACGUUUCAUUUCCUGCAAUAGUCAGGGUGACAUUGUUGCAGUUAGCACUAAAGCUGGUCCAGAAGAAAUGCUGAAGAUUCGCUCGAAUAGAUCAUUGGUAAAGAAACAAAAGAAGUCAGAAGAAGACAGAGGUGACCUAAAGGAAUGCGAGGUCAGCUAUGUCAAGAAAUUCCAAAGUUUUGAGGACCGGAGGCUACGUGUGAAUCAAGAAGACCAAAGCAAUCUAGAGCGUGCACAAACAAGUGGAAAAUUACACGAAGAGUUACUUGAUAGGCGAGAAAAGAUGAAAGCUGAUCGGUAUUGCAAAUGAACAAAAAGAGGGCAGCAGAAUACCUACAGUUGACAUCAAUAAGGGUUGAUGGACUAUUAUCUACCGUACACUCACACUCUUGUAUAUCAACCGUGUGUUUUCUUGUGUGUACAACCUUGUUGGUAUUCCUGAAGAGAAACUGUAAAGAAUCACUCCCAGAGAUCUUGUAGAUGGGCGACUGAUCAUCAAUAUGGCGCACCAAAACUAUGGUUGUGAUCAAUAAACUGAACAAUUAUGGGAAAUUUUGAGCUGUUCUAAGAAAUUUUAGAAUGUACCUGUAUUACUUUUUGGUCCAUGACUUGUGGCUGACAAGAGUCAUAUACAAACAGCAUAUACAAUAUAUUUAUUAUCACCUUCACCAUAAUUUUGCUUUGGAAUUCUUUAAAAUCAUUGGUAGUAAUGUGUGAUGGCAUUAUAUAGCCAGGAAUUAGCUAUAAAAGAAAUUUCCAUUUUAAAAAAUAUUUAUUUGUUGUAUAUUCUGAUCUGUGAUACCUUAAUUAUCAGGGGUUGAUCCAGAAUUUUCCAAACGUAAAACAACAUUUUCGACAUAGAAAGUGAGUAGCACGUAACAUUGGUAUGCAUCGAAAUUUUAAAAUUUAUUGGCAAAAAGGUAACAGAGUGUUUUUUUGUGAUUUAAGGCUGGCAGGACAACAUUCAGGAGCGGAUGGAGAGAGGCCCAAAAAGGGGGGGGGGGCGCGAAAGUUUGGCUGAUCGACACAACACUGUCCUAGGGGAAAUGCCCCGCAAAAUUUUUGUGUUCUAGACGCCCGAAAAUAACAUUUCAGGCAUUCUGGACUAUCAUUUCUUUCCUUUUUCUUUCUUUACCUCCCAAAAAGGGGGGGGGGGGCCGCCCAAAUCCGUCCCUGACAUUAAAGAGAAUUCUAAGAUGUGGCUUUUGGUGGAUUAUCAGCAUUAAGGGUAAACCCACUGAAAGGCCCAUAGAGCUUCAGUCUACAAUCCUAAGCCAUGAAAAUUUGAGCUGGCUGGGCUGCUGUUGCAAACAACAACCUGUUAUUUACUACUGUACAUGUUUUAUACAAAAUGACAAUUAAAAUAAUUGAAACUAUUGUACAUUGGUGCGAAUGUAUUCUUUAUUUGUCUUCAAGAUAGAAAUUAAAAAAGUAGUUGAUACAACGAGUCAUAGGCUACAUGAGUAACAGACAUUAGAACUUUCGGCAGAUACCAACGUUUCAUUUGUACAAAAUUCUUAUUUGAUAAGAGUUAUUCACAAAAAAUGUAAAGUUAACAUCUUUUAAGGUAUUUGGUGGACAUUACAUUAAAUGCAUGAAUUAAACACAUUUAUAACAAUACUUGGCAAGUUAAACUCUGAACACGAACAAGCAUGUCAUGUCUAUGUGAUAUGUCCAUAUAUUGGUGUGGUAUGACAAAAGAAAGAAAGAAAGAGAAAUCUCCAAAAUCCAAAGUUAUAUUUAUUGUAUAUCAUGCGGUGUCUUUUGUGCGCUUUACAUAAACCAAGAACACCAAAAUAUUGUACAGCAGAUGUAAAGGGAGAACAUGGUGCAUGGAACA